UUGUACAGCACUGCAAGCCGUGCAGAUUUCCCAGCUCGUGUUUUGGUUAAAUUUUCGGCGUACUUUUAUUGUAUUAAAAUGUCCCUGUUGAGGCAUUUCCGCAAGCUAAGCGUGGAGCACACAAGACGCACACUAGCCGGCAGCGCUAGCAGCAACACACGUCAAUAUGAUAAGGAUCCCCAGCCACUAUUUACAGACGCCGAAACGCAGCGUCUGCUGCAAAACAUGACGCAACUGCAACUGGACAAAGUGUUCCGGAAACGAACCGUGUCGGACAACAGCACGGAAACGAAAUUCAUGACCACCGCCCAGCUGGAAAAGGAGUUCCUCCAGACGAUUGUCAAGGCCAACAAAUUGCUGCAAAUGCCGCCAGUUGUCAAAGUCAAAGAGGAUGCUCAGGACGCGCUGAUAACCAAAGAUGCGGCGCUGAAGGAUUUUGCGGACACAAAAUAUGUAUUCACGGACAUCACCUUUGGACUGCGCAACUCGGAGCGUAAGGUCGUAGUACGAGAUGUGGAUGGCAGCUUGUCUUACGCCUCGCUGGAUACGCGCAAGCGAAUGAAUCAAUUGUAUUUCCCACUGGACGGACGCAGAUCUUAUACGCCCAGGAUGUUCUCGAAGCCGGAGCUGUUGCAACGUUGUCUCGAGGAGCACAAAUACGAAUUUGUGCUGGAUCGCCUCACCGUGCAAUAUGAGCCGUAUGAGCUGGAGUUCCAUCAGAUCUCGGCGAGGGUUUUUGAGCAUUUAAUGGAAUCGAAGCAAUUCGAUUUGUUGCGCUCCACGCGACACUUUGGACCGAUGGCCUUCUUUUACGCCUGGCAUCGUUGCAUCGAUGAUCUGCUCUACGAUAUGAUACGCCAGGAUUAUCUGCACAACGCUGUGGAGCUGAUUGCCCUGAGCUAUAAGAUUCAUCAAAUUCCUGUGGAUUACAAGCAGACACUCGGCCAAUUGGACGCACUGCAGCCAACACCUGGUCAACGUGCACUCGCCGAGCUGCGUAACUGUUUGAAAAAGCCGCAGGAACAGCAUAUUCAGGAUGACAUUCAAGCGGCUAUUGGAAAAACGGAGCAGGACUUUGCUGCGGAUGAGAUCAGUUUGAAGUUCAUCGAGGAAUAUAUUGGCGGGGAGCAUGCGCUGAAGAAGGUGCAACUGGAGCUGGCCGUGCAGACCCUGAAGGAGCUGAAUCUGGAGAAGCUGCAGUUGUAUCAGGGACUGAAAAAGGCACAUGGCGUCCAGGCGUCCUCAUCUUAAAGAAACAUCAUUUUUUAUUAUAAUUGUUUAUUGAUUAAAAAUAAGAUCAACAUUUCUGGGAAUUAGCCAGGUUAA